AUGGCGAUUCUAGACAAAGAAAGUCGGUCCCGCGGCCUGCGAGUGCCUUCCUUUGCCAAAAAAGGCUUCAAGCAAAAAUCUUCUGAAUCUCUGCCUACGAAGGAAUCCGCGCCCGUCCAGCAACCUCCGGCAGCUCCUGCUGUGACUUCCCCUCGAUCCGAAUCCGUUCCGGCACCUCCGCCGUUCCGAUCGCAAGAGCCUGACGAACUCCAUUCCCCUCCCACUGUACAACCCUCUGCUGGCCCGGGGUCUUUGACUGACGGCCGCAGUCAGCGCCCGCCUUACAGCCCGCCGGAUGGCCCUCUUCCUGAACCUCCGGUGUUUCGGGCUUACCGGCCGCCUAUCCCGCCGCAACCCACCCCGCCGUCCAGCGAAGAAGACCUGGAACCGAAAUCUAAUCGCCCCAAUGCGGUAGAUUCACUGGACCAUUUCAUCCCUGAUCCCGAACCUGAAUCCGAGGCGCCUGUCGAUUCUCUCUCCAGUGAAGAUGAUAGGGGCCCGUGGACGCCUCCCGACUACGAGCCGGUGGCUGCGCCUCUGAAUAAACUCCAUUACGCUUGUUACCAAGACCACCGGUCAAUGCUUCCAGCUAACAAUGCCUGGUAUGCGCUGCCCUGCAUGACGUGCCAGAAGUUUGACCACGAAGUGCGACAUCGGUGUGUUUUCUGCUGUCUGCGCAUAUGCGGAGGAUGCUAUCAGGCCUUGCAGAAAUGCCAUAACCGCUCGUUGGCGCAAUUGAUGAGGUCCCUUCCUUCUUCUCAAUGA